AACACAGUGCUGCCAUCUCACUGCACUCAACGACAGCAGAACAGCACAUAUUGACAAUAAUGCACAUUCCAUCCCCGGACACAAAUCACUUUGAAUCCACAACUUCACCUCUACGCAAACGAAAGAGAGAUGUCGGUGGCGGAGCAUGGGGCCAGGAAAAUGGUCACCACAAUGACUUCCAGGGGAACAUACAUUUCGAAGUUCAGGAUAUAGACAUGCUCACUUCCCCGACGUCGAUAUCGCAACGACAAUGGCUUCAUUUGCAAUCCGCGCCGAAUACUGUGCCGGGAUCAGGAGAACUGGCUAAGAAACGAAAGAUACUACAGCCUCAUUCUCAUUAUCGUCAACAACAACAACAACAACAACAAUACCUUCGACCGCAUUCUGGCAAUCCCGUCCCCUCAACCGAAGCUCAGACAGAGAGACCCCCUCCGCCCACGCUUAUGAUACCCUUUUUCAACUCUCAUCGCGACGCUGAUAUCUCGACUUCCUCCUUAUCCGUGGCCGACGAUUACGACAAUGCCAUUUCGCCGCGGACAUUGCCUACUCCUACGGGUACAGAUACUAGUACGAAGCUGGUGCUUCGACCGUGUCACGUCUGUCAUCGCAAACCAUCUACAAAAGUCAUGUUAGAUGCGUAUGCAGACUGUGAAUUGUGUGGGCAACGCGCUUGUUAUGUAUGUUUACGCGAGUGUAAUGCGUCCAAUUGUGCUUCACAACAAGUCCUCUCGGAUGGGUUGCCGACGCCGGAUGAGCGUCUUGAUACGGAGAUGAGGUUUUGUGAGGGCCAUGAAGACAAUAGACGACAGAGAAAGAUUUGUUCUCUCUGUGCUAUUGAGGGUUUGACUGACAUAGGGCAGGAGAUUGUGUGGUGUGUGGAUUGUGUUCGGAGAGAGGGGGUUAACCAUUGAUUCUCAUUUGAUUUUCAUCAUUUCUUACGGAGUUGGCAAGCGAUUUUUUUCCUUUUUUUUUCUUUUUUCUUUUUCCAUCUCGUAUACGGUAAUAUCCACAUCGAUACCUGGCAUG